AAGAAUAUUCAUCUGUGAGAAUAUUCUCCGCAGUGAAUUUCUACGUUUAUCACAGAAUAUUAUACAGUUUUGUCGAAAUGUUGUACAAAAAGAAAAACAUACAGAUAUUACUUUUACAGAACAAAUAUUGUGAAAUGACAGUUAAAUACAUAAUUGAAGAAGAUCUACUGAACACAACCGUCACAGAAUCUUCCUUGACAGUUUGUUUCCUGGUGUUUUUACGAUUUGUUUGUUCAUAUUGCCCUGAAUUCUCAGAGCGUAUGGCCGAAUGUAACAUUGUUGAAAUAUUGACAGCUUGUCUAAACAGGCAAACUAAUCUGCAGAGUACCACCUCGAGCUGUAUUCUAUAUAACGUGUUGUCCAUUUUAUACAAUAUUUUUUGCCACACGAAAAGAAGUGACUACUUUCGUAAUGCAAAUACUGAUGAGGUUAUCAUCAAAUUGAAAUCUAGCAAUAAAAGGGUCUCGAUGUAUAUAAAAGUUUUACUUUCCUUGAUUGGAGAACAUUUGACUUAUGAGAAGAAAGCUGAACUAAAACAAGCAACACUUGAAGGCAUUACCUUGGCAGCUAUGAAUCCAAGUAGAACAUAUUUUGGUAUAAAACUGAGUGGUCUUAUGAAAUGUCUGGCUAAACUGGCAGAAGGAGAAGAUGAAUUUCAAGACAUACUUCCAUUGCUUCCAAGAUUUAAACAAAUUCUCGCUAUUCAAGAUAAUUCGGAACAAAGAAAUUUGACGGCGUGUUUAAAGGAGUUAUGUAGGAGCAUGCAGGCCAGCAAAAGAAUUUUAUUUGACGAAACAUUCAACGACAUGUUAGGGGAGCUAACCACCAGUGGAGACGAAAUUAUUUCAGCAAAUGCUAACUCAAUAUUUUGGAGAUCAGGACAAAGUACUGGAACUUUGCCUACUAAAAGAGAUAUUGUCCUGUCUGAAGAAUUCCCGAAAAACUUCACAAUUAAUGAAUCAGCAAUAGGUGCAGGUUCAUUUGGUAGCGUCCAUCUUGUAACAGAUGAAGCUAGACCCGAUGACAAAAAAUUCGUUGCUAAGAAAUCGUGUCUAACGUCACUUGAAAAAAGGGAUAGUUUCCUAGAUAUGUGUAAAAAUGAGGCAACGAUUUUACUUAAAGUAAAGCACAGAAGAAUAGUUCAAUUUCACGGAUUUAAGAAAACAGAAGAUGAGUUUUAUAUAUUUUUAGAAUAUCUGAAAAAUGGCACACUAGCAGAAUUUAUAUCUAAGAGAGGUAGUUUGGAUGAAAAGUUGACACGACACUUUACUACUCAAAUUCUGGAAGGUAUAGAGUACCUGCAUCAGAAUAAUAUUCUGCACAGGGAUAUCAAAGGCAACAACGUCCUGAUGGAAGAUGACUGGAACCUAAAGAUUACAGACUUUGGUUUAUCUGAGUUUGUAGAUGCCAAUGGGGUCGCUACGAAAAUUGGGACAGUACGAUACAUGGCGCCAGAAGUGAUUUAUACAGAAGGCAACAUAAUACGAAACUACACAAGCAGAGCAGAUAUAUGGAGUGUAGGUUGCACUGCGGUAGAAAUGGUGACAGGAAAACCUCCGUGCUCAUCACUUCUAACACCCCAAAUAUUCUUCCAAACUGCUUCGGGGAAUCCAAUACAAUAUCAACUGCCUGAAUCUUCAUCUGUUUACUUCAAGGAGUUUUUAAACAUGAUUUUACAGCGGGACUCUUACCUAAGGCCAACAGCUGAUUGGCUGUUAAAAAAUGAUCCGUUUAUUCUGGGAAGUGACGAGCUUUAGAUUGCUUUAAAUGAUUUUUUUAAAAUGAAAAUCAAUAAUCAGCAGUCUUACAAUACACAUCAGUAGAUGUAUAUAAAACUAAUCUGCAUCAGCGUUAAAAGAAAAACACUUGUGUACAAUAUUCAAAACCAGGCGUUUAGCCAUACUUGAUUUUUUACUUGGAUGAUUUACAUUAUGAAAAAUCAAUUUAUAAUUUAAAAUAGUUUGAGAACUAAUUUCAUGGAAAGAGCAUCAAUGUGUACAUACCUGAAUAUUUUAAUGUAUUUUAAAUUUUAUUGGCUAAUUUCAAACUUUAAACACAUUUUCUAUGGCAGGGAAAAAUGGGAUAAAAUUGAGAAAAUAUAUUCAUAUAUGGAUAGAUGGACCGAGAGACAGACAGAAAGACAGACGAACAGAAAGACAGACAGACAGACUGGCAGAAAGGAAGGUAGGAGUCAAGCACACAGACAGUCAUACUUAUAUUUCGAUGUAAUGACAUUGAUUUAUCUUAAGAUUUCUUGGUAAAACCUAUAUUUAAAUUAUAACAUUAUGAUUUUACCUUUAAAAUUGCAUUACAAAUUUUGAUGUUAAGUUUAUUAUAAAAAAAAAUGAAAAAAAGGUUAGGACACCUAUUAUAUUUUAGUACUUUAACAAA